AUGUCAAUCUCAAUAUCAACAGAAGUUAAUCGUAUUAAUGCUUUAAUUGCAAAGUUGAGAACUAAGAAUACUGCACUAACAAAUAAUAAUCCAAGGAUUGUUGCGGUAGAAAAACAAGCAAAUAAUAUAUUAAAUAAUCUUGGUGUCAAGAUAGAAAUGGAAGAUACGUUUGAGACCAAGAUGGGAAAGAUUGUUAAAGGGGAAAUUAAUUUUAUCGAUAAAAAGAUUAAUGAGAUAUUGACAAAUUUUGGAGAAAGUUAUUCGAUUGAUGAGACCUUGAGGUCAAAGAUAGAGAGAAUAGUUCGUAUUACUCAAGGAAAUCGAUAUAUUAGAUUUAACACCGGAUUUUAUUAUUAUAUUCAAGUCAAUGAUCUCGAUAAAACGUAUAGAAUUUUGAGAUACAAAAAUUAUUCAGAUGAAAUUCAAAGGUAUUCUAUUGGUCAUGAACAUGAUACUGAUAGUUACUUGAGAGGUCCACCCAGCAUAGUAUUGGAGACUACUACUGCGACUAGAUAUAUUGAUUUAAACAGUACAAUCACAAGAUAUAUGCAAUUGUUUCAUGAAUUGAUGGUUAGUACACUUGAAGAUGAGAAGAGUGCUAUCGGUGGUAAAGACGUGAUUGUAGAGAUAGAUGAGUCAAAAUUUGAUGUUCAAAAGUAUCAUAAAGGUCGGUUGGUUGAUGGCGCAUGGGUAAUUGGGGGUAUUGAACGUAAUGAUAAAAGAAAGAUGUUUUUGAGAGUCGUGGAAAAAAGAGAUGCCGAUACUAUUAGAGAUAUUAUUGUGAGAUAUGUUAAACCGGGAUCUAUAAUAAUGACCAAUUGUUGGAGAGGAUAUAAGGAUCUUGAAGAAUUGGGGGUUACUCACAUGACUGUAAAUCAUAAUGAAUGUUUUGUGGAUCCUGAGACGGGAGCAUAUACAAAUACUAUUGAAGGUACUUGGGGUAAUGUUAAAUUGAAGGUUCGACCUAGAAAUCGUAACAAAAGUCUUAUUGAUGAUCAUCUAUUAGAGUUUAUUUGGUGA